AUGAGCGGAUACAAUUCGAAAGCGAGACCAGUAAAAAAUGAGGAUACGGUAACAAAAGUUUCAGUGUUCCUCAAUAUCGCCCAUAUCGAGAAAAUCAAUGAAAGAGAGCAAACGAUGUUGGUUCAUGGACAUUUAUGGGCAUCAUGGUACGACGAAUAUCUCACAUGGAGACCGGAGGAUUAUAAUGGAACGAGCAAAGUGUUGAUUCCAGCUUGGAAGAUUUGGCAGCCAGCGUUUGCAUUGUACAACAGUGCGAAAGGAAAUGCGUGGCAUUUGUAUAUGAACGGCUUGCCAGCGACAGUUUACAGCACAGGAAAAGUUUGGGCUAGUGGAACAUAUUCAUUCUAUGUCACAUGCUACUUCGACUUUUCAAAUUGGCCGUUCGAUGUUCAGGAAUGCCCUAUUGUAAUUGCUGAUUGGGUUUACGAUCUUUCCCGUGUAAAUCUCAGCGAUCCAGAAGGUCUUAGUGAAUACUUGAAGCCGACAAUCCGCCUAAGCUAUGAUCCUGUGGCGAAAAAAGAAAAGAAACAUCUUGGGGGGUGGGAAGUUCUCAAGACGUGGAAAAAACAUUGCUAUUGGGGUCCGAAUGGCUGUAAAGAAGAUGUUCCUGAAGGAAAACCUGAAUGGUAUUGGUCGCUUCUCGAAUUUGGUGUCGUCAUUCAACGUCAUGUGCCAUAUUUUGGAGCAACAAUGCUCAUUCCAGCGGGGCUUACUGUUCUUCUUAUUCUAAUUUCAUUCUGGAUUAACACAUUUUCAGUAAUGAUUAGUGUGUUGGUAUUCAAUAUAAUGUUACAAGGGCUUUAUGGUUGGGAAAUGAUUGAAAAGAUGCCUCCCGGAAGUGGAAGCACACCGAAAAUUGUCAAGUUUUAUUCGAUGAACCUUUCGUUGUGUGCCGUCGCAUUUGUCUAUGCCGUUAUUGCAAAGUUCAUAGAAGACGAAAUGCCGGAAAAUUAUAAGAUCAAUUUUGGAAUUGAUAUCACUCAGUUGUUAGCAAAAUUUGGACUUGGCAAAGUAUUCACACCUACUGGAAUCUCAUUUGAUCCACAAGAUUUGAUGAAUGGAAUUGCAAGUAAAGAAGAGGAAAUUGAGAGUGGCGGAACAUCGAACACUUUGAUUGGAAUGUCGGAUGCGUUAAUUGAAUCUGGAGAGGUGGAAAUGGGCAGCUCGCAACCAUCUGCAAGCCAGAGCGGAUCUGAAAUGCUGAUCGCAAUCAAUCUUCCGACGAAUUCGAGCACCUCCGAAGAGCAUCCGCAAUUCCAACAGAAAACUCCAUCGAAAUCCGCAUCGAUCAAGCCAAUCCAACUACAAUUGCACACGAUUCGUCGCAUUCUCUUCCUCGUCUACGUUGUAAUUUAUGUGAUUGUUGUUGCGGUUUUUCUCAUUUUCUAA